AAAAGAAAAUAUAUCAUAGUGCAACAAAACGGUCAACAGAUGUCUCGACAAUACAAUGAUUACAUACAAAACAAAAGAAUGUUGAAUAUGAAAUAAUAAUAGUAAUAAAAAUAUCAACUAGUCACCGCCAGUGAGGCAAAAUGGCUGCUGUGAUGAACAUUGUUGUGCAGCAGUGUUGCUAAUAGUAAUGUCCGAGCGAGGUUUCGCUCAUGGCUCAGUUCGAAAAAGGGGUCAUCAACAUCAUCCCCGUUAUGAUGGAACAAGACGAAGAAAUCCAACACCAUUUAAAACAUCAAUAAAUUCGACAGGUUAUAACCUCCAAGAGAAUGUGUCAACUUGUGAUGAUGUUUUGACAGAUAGAAAACAAGUGACCACCAAUCAAAGUGUAAAUAAUAACAAUAAUACAGAAGAUCAAAGUCGUAUAAUUGAUCUAACAACCGUUGAAGAAGAUGUCAUCACCGAAAAAUUAGAUAAUGUUAAAUCACAUAAGAAUAAUAAAAAUUUAAAAAUACGAAGUCAUUCACCAAGAAAACCAUCACCACCACCAUCAACGAAGACUGCUGAAGAAGACGUCAUGUGUCAAGAUAUAUCAUUAAUGACACGAUCAGCUGGUGAAGGUUCGAGUCAAAGUGAUACCGAUGAAGAAGAUCCAGAAAUUGAAGAGUUGGCAAGUCUACGAUGUCCAUCAGAGCGUACCGAAGUGAUUGCUGAACGUGAAACAAGACGACGUCGCCGGUGUGCUGAUUAUCCUGGCCUAGCAUUUGGACGAUCCAUAUUUAGCUCGGAUACGAUGAUGAAAUUUUCAAUAAUACGCAAUGAAUUACAUAAUAUUAUGAAUACUCAACUUAAAAGGGUACGUUCUUUAUUCAGUUUUGAAUGCAUUUUUUUUCCGAUUUGUCUUUGUCGUCCCCACACAGACAUGUGGUGUAUGGUAUCUAUCUAGGUCCUCGUGGUUUGUCAAAUUGAUGUCACAUUAAGUGUCGGUCAUGUGCCGUCAU